GAGGCGGGCUUCCUGUGGUUCUUGGGCGCUACUAGUUGUACUGAAAAGAUUGUCUUUUGAAGUUGUUUUGGCGUGUGUUAAAAGAAAAUGAAAUUAAAACUUACCAUCGAGACGUAACAAUCUGUUAAAAAAGUGACCCAAACAAGAAGAGUCACGAAGAAUUGUCGCCGCUGAGAAACGUGGGAUGUGAUAUGGUCUGUACCCGAGUUGAUGUGUAGCCAGAUUUAGUCCCCAUCUUGAUCAUUGGAAUCAUGGCAGACAGCUUUUACAAGCUUGAAGAUGAAGCAUUUCCUAGUUUUCUCUACAAGUCCCUUGACAGCACCAGUGGACGGGCCACACUGGAAAAUGUGACACUGGGAUCAGGCCCAGGACUACCAGUGGCUGCUUCUACUGUUGCUAAAAUUAGACCUGCUUUUGACAACAGACGAGAUCUCGAGGAGGCUUCAUAUCUGGAAGGCAAGGAGCUGGAGCAGCCUAGUUCACAUUCAUCUGUCGAACAAGCCAAAUUCUCCCUUAAUUUUAAAGAUGAUAUGGAUAAUGCUGAUGACUUCAUUGCCGCCCAUCGGAUGUCAGACAUGCUGGUAAAAAUAAAUUUGGAUGAGAGUGCAUCCAGGAACCAGGCCUCCCUCUUGGGACCUCUACCCACACACCCAGAUUCAGUUCAUGGUCGGCCCACAGAGCUAGCCACAGAUCUAUCAUCAGGUCUUCUUACAUUUGCACACAGUGGACACAGAGAUGGUGCAGAUGCAAAGGUUGGGCCUUUGCAUACAGCAGUGGAGGAGGACAAGGGCCAGAGUGAGGGAGUAGAAAGUGACCAUUUCAGUGGCAGCAACUCAAGCUUUUUGGCAAAUGAAAAGCUGAUGUCCGUGGAUAGUAUGAACAGCGAUCUCACAGAUGAUGACCUUGAUUUGAACAACUUGCCAGAGGAUGAACUGGAUCAGUACUUCAAUAAAUUAGUUCCUCCAGACAUGCAAAGAGGAAGAGUGGAAGGUCAAGAGAUUCCCACUACUGAUACACCUGAUGUCGGAGAAGAGUUGUCAAAUCCAGAUUCUAGUGAGCUUGAUCAAUACAGACAGCAGUUCUUGGAUGACUACCAGCAGGAUAAUUUCCAGAUGCCUGAUGUGCGUGUGGCUGCGACUGGGAUGGACUCCUGUCCGGCAAGUGAUGAGGACACAGAAGACGAACUUGAGGCUGCCCGGAGGAAAGGCAACACCCGGACAAGACUUUUGCCAAGCACAUCACGACAACUGGUUGGAGAGAGUCACCAUCCAAGUUUUAGGCCUGGUUUAGAAGGUGGUAGCUCGGAUGAUGAGGAGUCCAGCAGUCAAGGAGGUCCAUCUAUGUCUGGGCUUGAGCACAGGAGAUCAGCAGAGGGACAAGUCAUCAAUCCCCCUAUCACUGGGGAUGGUGGAGGUGGUGAUGGUAGCAGUGGCAGUGAGGAAAGUGGAAAUGAUGGAGGAGUUUCAACUAUGCCUUUACCAGCAGCUCCUGUUCAAACCACAUAUGAUGUAUUCCGGGGACUGGGCAUCGUGGGGGAAGAUCAGACAAGUGACCCGAGUCAUCUGCAAGGACUUAUGGGUGAUCGUGUUGGUCCUGUAGGAACAGGGGAGGCCAGUUCUUCAGACAGGGCCUCAGCGACUACUCAGAGAGUGGCUCUUGUCAACUGGAGCAUGACUGUGGAUCGACAGGAGGCUCUGGAUGCCAUGGAACACACAGGCCCUACUGUGGAGCGUCUCUUGGACUCCCUUUAUCUUCAUGGAGGACCUGGAUCCAAGAGGUUUCAGGACUCUGCAAACAUGUCUGUCUCAAAUCUGCAAGGGGUCACGGGGAGUUUUCAUCUUUCCCAGGUGGGCUUCCCUGAGAGUGACAACCAGGACUCAGAUGAGGGCAUAGAUGAGCCAGAUGGGUGCAGACAGUCUUUGGGCCUAAGAGGAGGACCCUGUGGUAAUGCCUCUGCAGCUGGGCCAUUAGACAGUGCCAGUGAUGAUGACCACAACCCCCUCUCAACCUCCCUUGAGCCCAAGUACUUCUCCCAGAGUCUGCACCAGGACGAUUCGGAUGACAGCUGGACAAACUGUCCUGAAAAUGUGGAGCUGGAGUUUCAGCAGGGGGCCAAAAAUCCCAAUAGUGUGGUGUAUCAGAAUGAACAAGGUCAGUGGGUCACUGACCUUGCCUAUUACUCGUCCUUUGAAAAGGAGGUAGGCAACCAGGCACCAGAAAACUUGCAGGAGUUUCAAAAUGAAUCUUUUGUGGCUCCAGCUGAUGCUUUAGAAAAAAUUGCUAAGGACCAGGAGGAAUUUGAGAAGGAGCACCAGUUCAUGCAGGAGGAGAAGAUCGAGCCUGCUCCAGCUAACACCACCUUUCAGAGUGACUCCUCAUGGAAGCUUCCCAGCAGCAACUACAUUCUCAUGAGGGCUUCUCAGGUGUCGGACUUCUCUCAGGCCGAUCAGAGCUACCUCCGCCUGUCUUUGGGCCAGUUCUUUGGACAACGCUCCGAAGCCCUGGGACAUUUGGGCCAAAGAGAAAGUGUGGAUGACAUUAAGCGGCCGUCUUUUGGCUAUGUCAUCACUUCUCCAGAAAAGAGAGAACCAUUUGCAUUGAUUCCUCCUUCAGACUUGGCAGACCCCACUCAUCACAACAGAACAGUUGAUCUUGAGGCGGACAGAACUCUCAACCCAGAAGACCUGGAUAAAACAUUAGAAGCUCCAAAAGAGGCUGUUGAGUCAGAAACUUGCAAACAACAGGAAACACUUGCCGCUCCUCCUAACCACAGUGAGGACUUGGACUCUAAUCUGGGAAAUCAAAGCUGUGUUUCCCUUGACAGUAACAGCAGUAACCUGAUGCUCAGUAUCAGUACUAUAGCCUCAGCCAUUGCAGAUGCCUCCAUCAGCACUGACCCCUCUCAGUUAGCUGCUAUGAUCAUGGAGCUCUCCAAGCGGGGCAAAUCCCGGCCUGAAGCCAAACCUAUUGUGCCGAACACAGUUCAACAGGCAAAAUCGGAGGACAACACUCCCCCUGUUGAGGAGCAGAGCAUUAUGAUGGAGAUGCUGCAGAAAAGUGCCUUUGACAUGGACAAAUAUCUAAAGAAGAGUGAUCUCUCUGUUUGUAGUGAUGCCUCUCUUGGACAAACUACUUUUGACUUGACUGGAUGGGCUGACAACAUCAGUACUUCUCUCAAUAAUGCUCAGAAGGAUUCACCUGAUCAACAGGAACAAAUUGCUCAAAUAAAACGCUAUGCCUCUGACAAUAUAUAUGCAAAAGCUAGUACAACACUGAACACUGACUUCAAGCGCAGCUCAAUUCCUUGCUCUUGUACAUCUUAUAGCUCACAAACAAACUCUGGAUACUCUGGACCGUCUUCCACACAAAAUACACAAGUGACAGAUGUAUCGGUUAAAGCCAAACAAUCAAAUGACCAUGGGGGAAAAAUGUUAACAGUGAAACCACAAGCAGCUAGUUUCCCCAGAUUAUCUUUGGAAAAAACACAAAACAAACAAAAAAGUCCUGCAUGUUCUCCUUCUCUCUCUCCUGAUGUACCCAGAUCCUCAUCAGGUUGGAGAAAGGCUCCUACAGGCCAGCCUAAUAUGAUUGGUGUUUCUUCAUCAGUACAGAAUUCAAAAAGUGUAGGACAGGAACAGGGUGGGUCAAGAAGCUGUCUCCCAAUUCGAAGUGCAAUGGCUGCCCCCCUUCACUCUAAUGUAGAAAAACAUGUUGGCUUUACCUGUCCAACCUCUGAAAGCUGUACAUCAGAUAAAUUUAAAAGCCAGGAAGCAUUUGCAGAUGAAACUCACUACAACUUCAGGCCUUCUACCUCACCUCUUACACAAUCCUCUCCUAGUCAAACCUCUUUCCCUAGUGCUGAAAGUAUGGCAUCACCAUCAUCAUCCAGAGGAGCGCACUGUGACAGACUUCCGGACUACUCUCCUCAGUCCAUCUGCUCCAGCCCCGGUCUCAGCAGGCUCACCUACAUUUCAAUGAACGAUGGCACUUUGAUACCUUCACCAGAGAAGAAAAAACAUAAUGAUGAUAAGAAUGACCGCACUAUGUCCUUGAGUACAACCAUCAUUAGAUUCAGCCCCACCCCUCCUGUAGAACCUGAUGUCCAGUCAAGCAUGGAUAACCGGGGUUUGGUCAAAAGUCUGGACCAGGCACAGCCACAUUCAAAGAGCUUGGAUCCACUCCCCCCUCAGAACUCUAAAAGCCCUUGCGGCUCUCGUAGUGGCUCUGUUCUUGGUUGCAGUCGGACUCAGAGUGAAUGUAACUAUCAGUGCAGUGUAGCAGAUAGAGCGGGAAAUCAGAAUGUCCUCACAGACUCCAAUAUAAGGCAGCUCACUAAAGUCGACUCUGGCUACUGUAGCAAUUUCAACCUUCAGCAUUCUAGCAGCACUGCAGUACCUCAGGGCUCACAGCCGUGGGCACCAUCUUCGAUGUCAUCAUCUAUGUACGGGGCAAACUAUGUGCCUAUUCCAAGCUUUAAACCACAGUGUUCUGGUUUGGUUGACCUCCCACCACAAGGGGAUCUUCAGUCAUUGCUUGCCGGUCGUUCCCUUUUCACGUCACAUCUACCUCAGCAGUACUUGGGGCCUGAGGUAGCUCUGCAUCCCAGUGUUUAUCACAUGAAGGCGGGAAACGGCUUGUAUGGUGUUCCUUCUUCAGUGAUCCCCAACAAUGAUUUAACAAUGAGGCCAGGCCACUCGGUUCCAGCUCCUCUGGGACUUCCUGGUGUAGUGGGAGCAGACCGUUUAAGACCUCUCCAGAGCCAACAGGAAUUGGGAUUAAUGGGGAAGCCAUACAGUCAGUUUGGGACGGAGGCUUUUGUUGGAGGUCUUGAGGAUCUUAGAGGUCAAGUAGUAGUUCCAGACGAGCUUCGGUUUCCUAAUGCUUGCUGUAUGGGCAUCGCCUCUCAGACAUCUCUCAGUCUCUUUAACCCAUCUGAAAGGUGGCAACAAGUGUCCAUCACUCUCACCAGCCUCUCCAUUGAUGGGGAAAAGGUGGAUGCCUUGCCUUACCAGUGGCUGAUUGUGAAGAAUAAGACCAUCAUUGGUCCCAAGACUACAGAGGAGCAGAAAGUACUGUUCAUUCCUCCUCAACCCGGGGUUUAUCAGUGUGUGCUCAGUGUGUGCUCCUGGCCUGCCUCUGCAGAAUCAGAGACGGCUGCUAGGGCUAAAUUAUUUGCUAAAAGGGUGGUGCUUGUGGCUAUAGCUGAGAAUCCUGCCAUAGAGGUUGAACUGGGUAAGGCUGCGUGCUUGGACUUUGGGGACCUGCCAGUUGGAGGAGCCAAAUCCCUUACUCUCAAACUGCUGAACAGGACCCAUGCCACAGUUCCCAUCCGUCUGGUCCUCAGUGCUAACGCCACAGCCUGGCGAUGCUUCAGUUUAUCCAAAAACUCUGUGACCAUGACAUGUGAGGCGACGCAGCAGGCUGGGCACAUUACCCCAAUGUCUCCUCCUGCUGUGAUGAAUCAUGUGAUGCACGCCAGCUACGGAGAGAAUCCAGAGAGCUUUGUGGUUUGGGUGCAUUUUCAGGCUCCUUCAAAGUACACAUCCUCAACUGAGGAACUUGGAGUGCCUGAUGAGUUUGUGGCUCGAGUUGACAUUGAAGUGGAUUCGCCCGGCCCCACACAUGUGAUUCGAAGUAUCCCUCUAAGGGCCAGGUCUGGAACAGCACGGGUCCAUGCACCAAAAGACCUACAGACUGUCAGCCUCACUGCUCCGGUGGGUAAAUCCAGCCAACAAAUGCUGCCAUUAAAGAAUGCAGGAAACAUUGACGUGCAGCUGAAACUCAAGUGCAGUGAAUCUGAUGGAUGCUUUUCUGUCACACCAAAUGAGCUGUCCCUAAAAGUGGGAGAAGAGCGGAGUAUUGUCAUCUCCUUCAAAGCCCAAGAAAACAGGAAAGCCAAAGAAAGCCUCCUUACCAUUCUGGUGCUGCCGUCUGGCCCCCAGUAUGAGGUGACCCUUAAAGGAGAAUUUGCGUCAGACAUCUCUGGGAAACAAGCCAUCUCUUCCUCUUAUGUCCUAGCCCCUGGUUUGGUCAAUGACGUCCCACCAAUCCUAUCCAAUAAACAGUUUGUUGCCUGGGGUGGGGUCACCUUAGGCCGUGCCAUACAACAGAAGCUGGUCUUAAGAAACAAUUCUAAAACUGAGACACAGCAACUACGUUUGUUGAUACGGGGUCAAGACCAAGACUGUUUUCAGCUCCAGAGUAUGUUCAGCCCCGAGGAGCGGCUGACCCGACACGGAGAGCUGUCCAUCCGCCCCAGAGAAGAUGUGACCGUGCACCUGCUCUUUGCUCCCACCCGCGUAGCCUGCAUGAUGGCCAAACUGGAGAUCAAGCAGUCCGGAGUCCGGCCCUCGCAGCCAGGCAUCAAGUUCACUAUCCCUCUCUCAGGCUAUGGUGGCACCAGUAACAUUAUCCUGGAAGACCAAAGGAAGCAGGCAGACGGUUAUGUGGCCACUCUCACAGAUGUAGCAGUGGGUCGUGUCAGUAAAGUGUGUCUGUGUGUGAGGAACACUGGCUCCAGAGCUGCCUUCAUCAAAGCUGUGGUCUUCUCCGAUAUCCACAAACGAGCCACUAUGGAGGGGUCCGUCAUCAGCAUCGCUCCAUCUCAGUUUGUUCUCAAAGAAAGGACACAAGAGGUCAUUACAAUCCUUAUGAAGUCCACCCAGAGAGAGCUGAGCCUGUGCCAGUUGACUGUUGCACAACUUGCCACUUUGUGCUUGUUCUGUGGGGAUGAGGUCUCCAGGCAACAGUACAGGAAAUUACUUCAAAGCAAACCAGAGGCUGCACGAAAGGCACUCUCGGAGAACAGCCUUUUGAAAAACAUAGAAUUCAAUGAGAAGUUUCUCGGAGAGGAAAUUGUUACAGAGACGUAUGAUCUGCCUCUGCGGCCCAACGAAGCGCACCUGUUUUAUGGGAAUAUGAGUAAAGUGGUGGUGUGUUUAAUGGGCAGCACCAAAGGCCUGGAGUCUUCAGAGAACAGCCACAGUGAUGAAUCUCUGCCCUCCUCACGGCGCAGCUCGGCUACUGAUGGCGGUUUGACAAAUGGCAAUGUGUCCCUAGACGUGCUGCCAGUGAAGGGUCCUCAGGGCAUAGGCCUCAAAGUACCAGAGCCAUCCUUGAAGGGUGCCGAACCGUUACACAAGCCGCCUGAAUCAUGGACCAUUCAUCCAGAGCAGCUUCUCCUACCUGCUCCCACCAUCAAUGGACCGUCCACCACCUCAACAGUUCAGAUUCGGAAUAACUCCACCAGAGAGCUGAGCUUUGACCUGUCUUGGCCUGCUCACUGUCUCACUAUCACCCCUCAACAUGGAGUCAUUGAACCUCAGUGCCACUUGCAAAUUCUGAUCAGCCCCAACCCCUCUCUUGCAAACAAAUCUUCUCUGCUGCCCUGGAGUGGAAAGAUCUACGUCCAAUGCGAUGGUCAGCAGAAGUUCAUUAAGGUUCAGAUUCGGCAGGACUUGGUGUUGGACGUUUCCGCGACAACAGGAGACCCUAUGCUCUCGGCUCUUCCUCCUCAGGCUGCGACUCCAGUGGUGCAUCUUCCACGAGGCCCCACAAAACCACUGAUGUCCACGCAGCCACCUGUAGACCUGGUCAAGAUCAGGAGUAAGACUGUAGUGUUCCCCAUCACGGUGUCAGGGGAGAUGUCAGAGGCCCAGCUGGAGGUGGAGAACGGGGACGUGGAUUUGAGGUGGUACUUGUCAUCCUUCGCUCCGCCAUACGUCAAGGGGGUUGACACGUCAGGAGAUGUUUAUCGAGCCACCUACACAGCGUUCAGAUGUUCCAAAGUUUCAGGGACACUGGGAGCCCAUGAGAAGAUGCAGGUGCCAAUCACUUUCCUCCCGAGGGACCGAGGGGAAUAUGCCCAGUUUUGGGAUCUGGAAUGCCACCCGCUGUCUGAGCCACAACAAAAAACUAGGCUUCGCUUUCAACUCUGUGGCACUAGUACCAAGUCUGGUCCAGUUGAGGGUCCACAAGAAGGAGACUGUUCUUUAGUAAAGACAGAACCUACAAUCAAGAAAACCAAGGUUGAACCAACUGUGACCAAGCCCAGUACGGAGGAGGCUGUGCAGAGGGGUGUGUACUCUCCCCAGGAUCUGUACACGUUCCCAGCCACACGGGUCGGUGAGUCCAGCUCUCUGAAGGUCAACAUCCGAAACAACUCUGCCGACACGCACGAGCUGAAAUUUGUAAGCCCUAGGGAGCCCUUCCACAUCAAGCAUUCCAAAUACUCCCUGAGAUCUCAGCAUUAUUUGAAACUCCCCGUCCAGUUCAAGCCCAGUACCCUGGGCAGCUACGCCGCCGUGCUGCUCAUCCAGUCCGGCAGCAGUGGAAGUCUUGUUAUUCAGCUGAGCGGUGAGGCUGUGCCCUGAACGCUACUGCCCACUCCAAGUCGUCCUCGUGUGGGGAGGCUCUUGUAGAAAUGCACCUCUGGAUCAGUCAUCAUGAGACUCACAAAUGAAAAAAUAUUUGGCCAAAAGUGUGUCAAAUAAAAGAAGCUACUGGACCAGGGGUUAUUGUGAGAAUAUUUUUACAAGCAAAGAGAUCCUUAAAGAUUGUUUAAUUGAUAGAAACUGAAUGAAUAUUGCCAUCAUGUGGUUUGCUUUUUAAGAAAAACUUCUUUAGCAGCCUAACUUAAAUGCUGUAUAAGUUAGAUCAUAUAAUUCAUUCAAAUCUGAUAUUUAUUUCUUUACAAUAUUACAAUUAUCCUUCAGUUCUUUGUGCUAAAUUGAUUUGCCUGACACCGUGAGUCAGAGAGUAAACUGGAGUGACUAACAUACUUCUAACCAGCUCCAAUCUGUAUCUGGAGAAACACAGGUGUCCUCAGCUGGCCGGCACUGAACCAUGUUGGUUUUCAAUUAAUGUGCACUGUUCUGCCCAUUCUGGGGUAAUGCUUCUGUUCAUCCAGGUCUGGAUGUGGGUUUGACUUAUGCCACAGUUAAAUCACACACCAGCAGUAUUACCUUUUUUAGAUAAAUGACCCUUUACCAAAAUGCCCAAUAGUGUUUUUGCAAAAGGAAACACAUUAACUGAAUGUAUUUUUCUACCUUUUGCACAAGUUCCUACAUGUCUCUUUUGUACAUUUCAUAAGGCGCUCCUAAUUGCCCUCGCUGCUGUGUGAACACCUGCUUGGUGGCCUUUGGCAGUGUACUGUGUUAACUUCCCAGCAGCCACCAGUCCGCUCCAAUCCGUCCAGAUGUACCUAAUUUAGCCAUGAUCAGGGAGGCUGGGAGCAGCAUUAGGAUGGUUAAUGAUUGUUAUUACAUGCUAAAAGAGUUUCCUCUGUUGGGGCUUUUGUUCGGCAGUGUGCCAGGGUUUAGUAUGGUUACCAUGGCAAACGAGUUAAUCGCUGUUCCAGUCACAGAAAAUUACCUUCCCACUCCUCUUUGGAUCGAGGGCAAGUGCCCAAAAUUGCUUUGAGCUUUGGAUUCACUUCCCAAAUCUCCAUUUUAACUUUGAAUGGAAGUAAACAUAUGUAAACUUUAAAAGGCGUAAUUAUUUAUGAACUGUUGAAUGCCCUAGACUGAGGCAGAUGUUACCACCAGUAUUUUCUGUUAACACUAUUUUAGAUGAAGGCAGUAUAUUGGCAGUCAAAGGCUGCACAGAACACGUCCACAAAAUAUCUGGAUUGUUUGUUUUACUCAUUGCACAUACUUUAAAGUAUAUUAUGUAAUAUAUUGUAUUUACAUGUUUUAAAUAAAGGUUUGUUAUAUAUGG